UUGACUACCUAUACUGUUGCAAUAUCCGACUGACACAUUUUGACCACAAACAAGCGAUUAUAUACUCGUAUUAGGAAUAAAUGAAAGCACUCCGAUGUGUAUCGAUAUGUGUAUCCAGACAUGUCAAUCAGUUAGAUGGAUCAUGUGGUUUCAUGUCAAUUAUUCUUACAUUUGUGUUAAACGCGAACGUGUUUCUCAUAUGUGCGAAUUCUGAAAUGUUACGUCAAAUUUGCCGUUUUAAAAAUUGUGCUUUCAGUAUUGGAUUUUUAGUUGGUGUGAUAAUAGCGUGCUUAGUUGUUAACAAUGAAAAUGAAACGUCUGUACAAACAGCUUGUAACGUUAGAGACGGUUCCAAAAUUUCAUACGAGAAAUGGUUUUCGAUGCAGAACUUGAAAAAGCGUUCCGUAAAUUACUACGAAUUAAGUCACGCAAAAACUUCUUCAGGUGGCCUAGUAUCAGAAGCAUCAUAUCUAUAUAGUGUAGUCCAUGUGCAUUGUGUCGUAUUUGUGAAGAAAACAAGGAAUGCCCUCACUAUUGAAAAUACAUGGGCGAAACACUGCAACGAAGUAAUAUAUUUCGGGUUAGAAAAUAGCAGUGAUAUACCUGUUAUCGUACUUCGGCCAAAAUCGUCAUGGCAAUAUUUAUGUGACGCUAUAAGACACUUAUGGCAAAACAAUAAAGAAAAUCUUCAUUGGGCUCUUUUUGUGCCUGAUGACAUAUUUGCAAUUCCAGAAAAUCUGCGAUAUUAUGUUGCAUCGUUAGACUACAACGAACCCUAUUAUUUGGGCAAUGAUGUAACUUUCUGGGGAAAGGCGUAUAAUAUCGGUGGUGCGGGGUACGUUCUAAGUAAAGGUGUAAUUUAUGCGUUACAAAUGAAAUUCAAUUCAAGUGAGUCGUGCCUGGCAAGUGGAAAAUACUGGAGGAACGAGGAUUUUUACUUGGGAAAACAUUUGGGUGGAAUGGGGAUCACUCCUACAAACACAAAGGAUAAUUCUGGCUGUAACAGGUUUCAGCGCUACAAUCUCAACAAUGUAAUGGGCCCAGACUCAUACAGUGUUCCUUCAUCUGGGCACAGUUUGUCCAGUCAGACUGCUCCAGGUUGUUAUAGUGACCACAUCAUAACUUUCAAUGGCAUAGAACCUGACAAGUUCUAUCUGUAUGACUACCUGUUAUAUCAUGUCAAAGUUUUCCCCCAUGGAGUGACCCUUGACAGUCAGCCUCCACCAAUGAUGAUAUCUGAGGAUCAGGUCUGGCGCGAGUUUGUACGAGAGGAAGGUUUGGGUGAGCUGGCAGAUAUCUCUCCUAAGCAGUAUUUUGAAUUAUGGCAGCAGAAGAUCCAGUCACCUGAAGUAUUUAAUGCUCUCCUGAGACGGCAGUCAGAUGCCAUGUUUAGCAGUGAUGACAUGACUGGCCCUCAAAGCCAUGGAUCCUGAGACACAGCAUUAUAAUUUUAAAUCUGGCAACCUGUUUGUUUCAAUAUAGUGAGUGUUCCGUUUUCUUGUAGAUCCCAGCAUGCUGUCCCACAAUUUCAGGAUUGUAAGGAAGUGAGAAGUACAAAUAAUUACAAUGCACUGAUAACAUGAAAUUGUUACGUCCGUCCCACAUGUUGCAUCAUAAUUUAGUAAUAGUAUUUGCAUAUUGGUAAAACAAAGGGUGGCCUUGUAUGGUAGUAAGGUUAUUAUAGGGUGGGGGUUAGUGGUUGUCUGUUUGUCCCCCCCCCUAUUUAUGCAUACCUCAUAAGACAAGCAGAGCAUGAAGCACACAGGAAGGAGAUGGAAGCUUUAAUAAUUUGUAAGUUCUUCUUUAUAAAAACAAGGUAUGGUUUCAGUAGUCUUCCAUUACUUUAGCAAAUAAAUUUGUACGAGUGACCCCGAUGUGGCUGAUGAGCAUACUGUACGUACUCUGUCUGAAGGUGCUUUAAGUGGGUUGAGAGCCACAUGCACCAGUAUGAGCUUCUUGAUACUAAGCAGAAUUUGCGGCAAAGCUGCAUGAAUCAUUCCGUCCAUUUUAUAUAUAUAUAUAUAUAUAUACAUGAAGCAAAUAUAAACUUUGUAUGAUUAUUACUGCAAUUUUGAUCUGGUGCUUAUAUAUGUGUUCAGGGGCACAACUGAAUUUGCUUCAUAGGAGGGAGCACAGUGUCACAUUCUCAGUCAUUAUUAAGUUGAGUCUGUAAUCUCUGAACCAGCAUGUGGCUGGUUACAGAAUGAGCAAGUUGGUUUUCAGAACUAUAACCUCAGGAUUGCCAAAUGUAACUGUUUACGACCUUUAUAGUGUCAAAUUAAUGAAACAGUUGUGCAGAAUGAAACACACCUUUCGAUGUUACUUAUUGAAUGUCCUCAUUUCUAUUCUGUAGAAAUUCCCCUGGGUGGCAGUGUGAAAGAUAUAUUUCUUUUGAUCAGAAGUUUAAAGAUUGUGUGAUUAUGUUCCUUUGUAUAUAUAUACAGGGUGUCCCAGGAGGAAUGGACCAAACUUCGGGAGGGUGUUCCUUAUAUUAAA